AUGGCUUAGUAUAGUAAUAGCACUGUUGUUAGUCCUACUCUUAGGCUUAGUUAAUUACAAUCGAAAAAUAAGGUUACAACUUAAAGUUAAUAUAAUUCAAAGAUAUACUCACAAAAAUUCAGUAAUGGAGUAUUUUUCACACGCUUGUUGUGAAUUUUUUGUAGCUGUGACAGCAAACGGUUCAUCAGAAUUGUAUAUAUGCUUGUUUGCGGGAUUUGUAUUGUCUCUUGUUAUUAUAUUUUUAUGUUGGUCAAAAUCAAAUGCGUACAUGGAGAAUGUGCCAAGCAUUUCGAGCCUUGGACUUGGUCUAGCUUAUGAAUGUUAUUCUCACGAGGCUGAAAAUCAGUGUCACGAAGGUUAUGUUCACGUAAAUUGUAACACUGAAGAUAAAUCCCGUGAUUUAUUUACUCAGUGUCAAAAUAAACAAUGUGUACGUUGUUUAGCCAGGACUUCGGAUCAAAUAAGUAAAAAAUCAAAAGAAAGAUAUUAUCAAUUUGUAGAGACCUGUAACUUCAAUGAAAAGUGUCUCAAAAGGGUUGAACUGGGUUUUAAACAUGAAUAUUUAAAUACAGAAAUAAACAGUGGUGAAAAGUGUAAUAUUAAUAAAGUAACAUUACUUUAUGUCAUUCCAAGUCUUUCUGACCAGUUAUGGUUUGAAGAUACAGAUAUUUAUGUUGAUGAUAUUGGCCUGUUAGAAGGAAGUUUUUUAGAAAUUUUGACAGAAUUUAAGAAGAGCAAAGAAGAACUUUCUUCACUAUGGCAUUUCAAUAAUGUUCCUCAAGGAGAAUGGAAAAUAUUUUAUUUGUAUAAUCAAGGAGUACCUGUGUAUCCAAAUUUGUCACUUUGCCCCAAAACAACAGCUGUGUUAAAUAAACUGAAACAUUUCAUGGGUGGAACAGUAUUUGGAUAUGCUGCAUUUUCUGAAAUUUGCCCAGGAACCUACAUCCCCCCACACAAGGGUUGUAGUAAUGUCCGAGUACGGUGUCAUUUAGCUUUGCAAAUUCAAAAGGGGACCAGCUUUCUGAUGGUUGAAAACAAAAGGAAAGAGUGGGAACUUGGAAAAUGUUUGGUAUUUGAUGACUCAUUUCUUCAUUCUGUACAGCAUACUGGUGCCCCAGUUUCUUCAAGCAGAGCAGUGUUACUAGUUGAUCUGUGGAAUCCCAGAUUGUGUCAGAAGGAGAGAGACUGUUUAAAGUACAUCUUUUCAUCAAACAUUCUUGAUGAAAUCUAGUGCAUUUUUAAUUAUUAAUAACAUAAAGAAGAACCCUUUGGAUGCUAUAAUCAGAAGUAUCUGACUUGACAUUUAUAGCUGUUUGGCGUGACAAGUAUAUUUACCCGACCACGUCACAAAAACCUUUCCUUAUUGUGAAAAGACAUUCCCACCUUAGUACUGUGUGUGCAUGUACAUCAUCAAGCAAAAGUGCAAUUAGUUGAUUUUGAUCCUUCCCAAAUUUAAUUACACACUCAAAGGGUUAAGACACCAGAAAAUAACUUAACAUUAGCUACCUGCAUGUUUCUUGACUUACUUUUAAUGUAAUCAGAAUGAUCAAGAUCAAAAUUAUUCUUGUAAAACAUUUUAUGAGUAGAAAGACAAUUUUUUACUUAAGUAUAAACUAAUCUUACUAAAAAUGUUUACCAUGCACACCUACAAGUCACAUGAUCAAGUUUGAACUGUUGGUUAAAGUGUUGACUAAAGCAAAAAUAAGGCUUAUUUAAUUUAGGUAACUGUAAAAAGGAUUCAAACAUACACAUGAUAUAGUGCUGUGUAUAUAUAUAUAUUGAAUAAAGAUAUUAUGAGUAAAUAAGCUUUUUAAAUGAGUGUGA